GACGACUCGACGCUUCGCAAGGCUGACCGCUGGUAUCGGCGCUAUUUGAAGAGGUGACAUGCAGUUACUUCUAGCCCAGAUAAUGUGUGUCCUGUCCCUGCCCGGCACCACAGCUGCUAAGACAAUGAAGCUCCUUGCAGAAGUGGAGGACACCCUGUUGAAGAACUUGUUUCAAGGAUACCAGAAAUGGGAUGAAAAGAAUCAGCUGAUGGCAACAAAUGUUUGGUUAAAGCAGGAAUGGUAUGACUACAAGCUAAGCUGGAAUCCAGAUGAUUAUGGUGGCAUUAACACAAUCAGGGUUCCUUCUGAAUCCAUAUGGCUGCCCGACAUUGUCUUAUAUGAAAAUGCAGAUGGACAUUUUGAAUCCUCCCUCAUGACAAAGGCUAUUGUGAAAUACAACGGGACAGUGAGGUGGGCACCUCCUGCAAGCUACAAGAGCUCUUGCACAAUAGAUGUCACCUUUUUCCCAUUCGACAAACAGAACUGCUCAAUGAAGUUUGGAUCUUGGACCUAUGAUGGUGGAUUGGUCGACCUGAUUCUAGUGGAUGAAGAUGUGGACCAGAAGGACUUCUUUGACAAUGGAGAGUGGGAAAUAUUAAAUGCUACUGGAAUAAAAGGGACGAGAAGGGAUGGUUAUUAUUCCUAUCCAUUUAUCACCUACUCUUUUAUACUGAGGCGUCUGCCUUUGUUCUAUACCUUGUUUCUGAUUGUCCCUUGUCUUGGUUUAUCGCUCCUAACUGUCCUGGUAUUUUACUCACCAUCAGAUGAAGGGGAAAAACUUUCAUUAUCCACUUCAGUUCUAGUUUCCCUGACUGUGUUCCUCCUCCUUAUUGAAGAAAUAAUCCCUUCCUCCUCAAGGGUCAUCCCUUUGAUUGGUGAAUACCUGCUGUUUACUAUGAUCUUUGUCACCCUCUCGAUCAUUGUCACUGUUUUUGUUAUAAAUGUACAUCAUCGAUCCUCGACCACUUACCACCCCAUGGCACCAUGGGUCAAAAAGCUAUUCCUUCAAACCCUUCCCAGACUUCUGUGUAUGAGGGGCCAUUCUGAUCGCUACCACUGUCCAGGAAGUGCCCCCAGCAGUCCAAAGGGAAAACAAAAAGCCUUUGAAAGUCCUCAACAUGCUUCAGUUAGGAACAAUGAAAAGGCAAUGGUGGCCAUCCUUGAAAAGGCUGCAGAAUCAGUCAGAUACAUCUCAAGCCACAUAAAGAAGGAACAUUCCAUUCGUGAGGUUGUGGAAGACUGGAAAUUUGUAGCUCAAGUUCUCGACCGAAUUUUCUUAUGGCUCUUUUUGCUAGUGGCCAUUCUUGGAUCAAUACUAAUAUUUGCACCGGCACUUCAAAAAUGGGAAGGCAAUGUCAUCAUGCCCAGUGUGAAUUAUAAUAAUUAA